AUGAACAAGCUGGGGGUGGUCCGACCCUAUCCUGUCGAGUGGGAUACGGUCCCCUAUCCGGCGAAGUUCAAGCCAAUUAGCUUGGUGCAAUUUGACGGCAAGGGCUCGCCCUUGCAACACAUUUAUUACUUCAUGGAGCAGACCGGGUUCCUUACGGGGAAUGACGUUAUUCUCACCCGGUUAUUCAUAGGCACCCUCAAGGGGGUGGCCUUUGAAUGGUUCUGCAAGUUAGAACCUGGUUCUAUUAAGUCAUGGGCUGACGCCCAAAGACUCUUUUUGGCCUGCUUCUUUGACGACGACACGGAGGUGUCAAUGGUCACCCUCCUCGCUAAGAAGCAGUGGAAGUCAAAGUCGGUCAACAACUUCGUGAAGAGGUUCAGGAACCGAUCGGUCCACUGUCGGGACCAGGUUUCCGAAUCAACACCGAUCGAAAUGUGCUGCAAUAAUCUCUCGAUCCAUAUUCUGUCUAAGGUCGGCGUAGUGGAAACCCGGACCUGGAAAGAACUUGUUUGCCAAGGCGAGCAGGUGGAAAACAUGAUCAAGAGGUUGGAGGCCGAAGAGCCGCAGCCUAAGAAGGGAGCUGUGGAGCUGUCGGUGCCAAAGAAUCCCCCUCAAACAAGAGGAAAAGAGAUCAUGGCCAUUGACUCCGCCCCAGCUCUGAAAACCGUUCAAAGACCGAAGCCCAGACAAUUCGAGCAACGCCCCCCACGGCAAUACGACUUCAAAGAAGAACAGGUGGUGGCGACAUUCGAUACGCUACUCAAGAGCGGUCGAAUUAUAUUGCCAGAAGCCGUGAAACCUGAGGAGGCGAACAAAACCAAUGACCCGAGUUAUUGUGCCUAUCACAGAUUCCGUGGCCACCACACGUCUAAGUGCUACAUCCUCAAGGAUAAACUCCAAGCCCUCUACGAUGCAGGAGUCCUAAAGAAGGAGAAGGUUCAAAAGUAA